AUGUGGAUCAGGGCACCGCUCUGUCCGAGGUAUGCACCGGAGCAGCAUCCGUGCUCGGUCGGCGUGGGCGACACGGUGAUCUGCCCGGCACUCGCAUGCCGUGGCACGGUGGCGUAUGUGGGCUAUGUCGAGUCGGCGCCGGGUCUCUGGGUCGGCGUCCUCGCCGCCCAGCUGUCGCCGGCGGUGCUGGCGGAGAAGCUUGAUGUGGCGACGGGCGGCGCGGCGGCGGCGAUUCCGCGCAAGGGCGCCAAGCUUGCCGGCCCAACCGACGGGGUGCCGGAUGGUGUGUUUUACUUUGGCCGCAUCCGCGGACGCCGCGGCUUCUUUGCCCGCCCGUCACAGCUCAAACUCGCGGCGCGAGCGCCUGUGGCCGUGUCGGCGUCGUACUCGACCGCCCUGCGGCGAGCGCAGGAGGCGCAAGCGGCGGCGUUUGCGAGUAUCAGCGCCGCCACGUCAUCCAGCAGUGCGCCAGUGCCUGAGCUGCCGUAUGCCGACGACGACGAUCCGUCGGCGCCGUCACCGGUGCCAAUUGUCGUUCCGGACAUUGCGUUGCUUGCAGCGAGCGUCCCAGACCUCGACGCGGGCGAGAGUACAGAGAUCGAACCCGAUCUGGUCAAGUCAUACGUCCUGCUCGCCGAGCGAAUUGCAGCUGCGGGUGGGCUCUCGACAGGCGGCGAAGAGACGGUGCUGCUGGCGGCCACGUCGACGCCCGAGACCCUCGAGUACGAGUACGAGACAUCAUCCGAGGGAGAAAGCACCGACGCUCGCUUGUUGUGCAAGGCGUACGCGGUGUACACGUGGGCGCCGCAAGAAGACGGCGAGCUCGGAUUUGAACGUGGUGAGUACCUUGAUGUAUACCAGUUUGCGAAUGGCUCGUGGUGGUUUGGGGCGAAGGCCGACGGAAGCCAGGGUCUGUUCCCAGUCAUGUGCGCCACGCCUGUACUUGCCAUUAUGGCUGCGGCCAGCUCGCGACCGGCCGAGGACGAUGACGAGCUGUCCCUCAAAGCUGACGAACACAUCUCUGUCCUCGCCUACUCAUCAAGCGACUGGUACCUCGGACUCAACUCGUCGGGGGACAAGGGCCUGUUCCCGGUCUCCGCCGCGACAACUGUCACCGAGUACUUGCUCACAUAA